AUGAGCGCCGAGACACUCCCCCCGCAACCGCCGCCUCUGCCCGCAACGGAUCCACCGAGCAGCCCCACGCCAAGGAUCUCCAUAGUGCAUGGUCCUGUUAUCGUCGGCGCCGGCCCCUCCGGCCUCGCCGUCGCCGCUUCCCUCCGCCGCCUCUGCGUGCCCUCCGUUAUACUCGAGCGGUCCGACGGUAUCGCCGACCUGUGGAGCCACCGCAUGUACGACCGCCUCACCCUCCACCUCCCCAAGCCCUUCUGCCAGCUCCCGCAUCUCCCCUUCCCCGCCUACUUCCCGUCCUACCCCUCCAAAGACCACUUCCUCGGAUACUUGCACGCCUACGCCCACCACUUCUCCCUCCGCCCGCUCUUCGGUUGCACCGUGAUGGACGCCCGGUUCGAUCCAGCCGUCUCCCUCUGGCGAGUGACGGCGAUCCGCCGCGACCUCUCCGACGUGGUGGAGUUCCUUUCGCCAUGGCUGGUGGUGGCGACGGGGGAGAAUGCAGAGCCGGUGGUGCCGGAGAUCAAGGGGGCGGAGGGGUUCGAGGGGAGCCUGUUGCACUCGAGCGAGUACAAGAGCGGGGUGGAAUAUGAGGGGAAGAGGGUAUUGGUCGUGGGGUGUGGGAAUUCCGGGAUGGAGAUAUGUGUGGACCUGUGCGAGCACGGAGCAAUGCCCUUCAUGUCAGUGCGAAGUGGGGUGCACAUUUUGCCGAGGGAGAUGCUGGGGACCUCCACGUUUGGCGUGGCGAUGAAGCUGCUCAGAUGGUUGCCAACCAAAGUGGUGGAUAGGUUCCUGUUAAUCAUGGCCAAGAUGAUGAUCGGAGACACUGAGAAGUAUGGUCUGAAGAGGCCAAAGGUUGGCCCUCUGGAGCUCAAGAACACAACCGGCAAAACCCCCGUUCUGGAUGUGGGAGCCCUAUCGCGCAUCAAAGACGAACGUAUCAAGAUAGUAUCAGAGGUGGAGUCACUAACAAGCAACGGAGCCAAGUUCGUGGACGGGGGAGAGAUGGCGUUCCACGCGGUGGUGUUCGCAACGGGGUACAAGAGCAAUGCCCCACUCUGGCUCAAGGAGGCUGGUGUUCUCACAGCGGAAGGCAAGCCGGAGCACUCGUUCCCUAAUGGAGAGAAGGGCAUCUACUUUGUAGGCUUUUCAGGGAAAGGUCUUCUUGGCGCCAGCGUCGAUGCCAUCAAGACUGCUCUCGAUGUAUCUGCAAGAUGGACACGCCUCUCAGAGAGCAAAGAUGUUGGUCUCUAAGCCCACCACUUGCUGAUGAUACCAAUGCGACUGCACGUGAGCAAGGAAGCCACAUGGUGGCUGCCCUUCAUGGUGUUUUGGUGCUGUGGCUCCCUAGAGAGAGAUA